AUGCGGAGCGGCGAGGAGCUGGACGGCUUCGAGGGCGAGGCCUCGAGCACCUCCAUGAUCUCGGGCGCCAGCAGCCCGUACCAGCCCACCACCGAGCCGGUGAGCCAGCGCCGCGGGCUGGCCGGCCUGCGCUGCGACCCCGACUACCUGCGCGGCGCGCUCGGCUGCCUCAAGGUCGCCCAAGUGAUCUUGGCCCUGAUCGCAUUCAUCUGCAUAGAGACCAUCAUGGAAUGCUCCCCGUGUGAAGGCCUCUACUUUUUUGAGUUUGUGAGCUGCAGUGCGUUUGUGGUGACCGGAGUCUUGCUGAUUCUGUUCAGUCUCAACCUUCACAUGAGAAUUCCCCAGAUCAACUGGAACCUGACAGAUUUGGUCAACACUGGACUCAGCACUUUCUUUUUCUUUAUUGCGUCGAUCGUACUGGCUGCUUUAAACCACAAAACCGGAGCAGAAAUCGCUGCCGUGAUAUUCGGCUUCUUGGCAACAGCAGCCUACGCAGUGAACACGUUCCUGGCUGUGCAGAAGUGGAGGGUCAGCCUCCGGCAGCAGAGCGCCAACGACUACAUCCGCGCCCGUACUGAGUCCAGAGACGUGGACAGCAGGCCCGAGAUCCAGCGCCUGGACACGUGA